GGAAAGAUGACCCUUUACAAGCUGGUAGUGCUUGGUGAUGGAGGAGUGGGAAAAACGGCUUUGACGAUCCAACUCUGCUUGAACCACUUCGUCGAGACGUACGACCCCACCAUCGAAGACUCCUACCGAAAGCAAGUCCAAAUCGACGGCCAAUCUUGUAUGCUGGAGGUGCUGGAUACUGCUGGUCAAGAAGAGUACACUGCACUUCGGGAUCAAUGGAUAAGAGACGGCGAGGGUUUCAUACUGGUCUACAGCAUAUCUUCGCGAUCGUCUUUUACCAGAAUACAGAAGUUCCAUCACCAGAUCCAACGAGUGAAAGAGUCUGCUGCAGCAGGUUCGCCUACAUACCCAGGCUCACCCUUGUCCCUGACCAUGGGCUACUCUGGACCAGCACCGAUCAUGCUGGUCGGCAACAAAUGCGACCGAGUCACAGAGCGAGAAGUAUCCACACAAGAAGGCCUCGCGCUCGCAAAGCAAUUAAACUGCGAAUUUGUCGAAGCAUCGGCUAAAAACUGCGUCAAUGUCGAAAAGGCAUUUUACGACGUGGUGCGCCAAUUGCGGAGACAAAGA